AUGAUUGACUUAUACUUAGAAUAUUAUUGCAAAUCCGAUUUGGAUGAAAUUGUCCUAGUAGAAGUACCAAUCGAAAGCUACGUUUUGUUAGCACUUUGUAAAUAUUUGCAGCAGCCUGAGAUUGGUCGAGAUCUUCAGAUAAGCUUUGUCCAAGGCAAAACUGUUUCUGAGCACCAUGAUUCCAUCAUACUGAAUAUUGCAAAGCUCAGUGUCAAUUUUCACGAAAAUGAAAACUGGCCAAUAGCUGCAACAUACUGCCAAUUGCCGACAUUGGUGACCAAUGCAUGGAUCACUUCCGGCCUUUGUGGAAUUUCUCGCUGUAUUACAAAAGCUCACUUGCAAUGUUCGCAAAAUGCUAAACACAUUCUUGGAUUUAAAGGCAACACACUUCUAGCGCCAGCUGAGAUCUCGAUGUGGACAAAAUUUUGCGAAAUUGAUAUAAUAAAAUGCGUCCGUACGGUGCUACAGCAAGAAAACUGCCGUACAUUUAUUCUUCCAGAAGAUAUAGGAAAACUGGAGAGUCAUCUGUCGCAGCCUCUUAAAGUACACAAUAUUUACAAAUUGAUAAAUGACGUCCAGAAUGUGAAGGUUUCGUCUCAGCAAGAAUACGAUAAAUUGGACAAUGAAGCGAAUCGCUUCGAUUUUUACAAUAAUCACAAGUUUGUCGAGGGUUUUGAAAAAACCCUAGCCGAUAUAAUACUUUUCAUCUGUUUCAACCUGCUGGAUAAGCGGAUUCCACUUGAUACAUUGCGCGCAAGGAUCCCUAGAAUCGUCAGCUGGUACGGACAGGUGAAUUCAGAUGACGAUGGAGAGCUGAGCCUAAUUUGUAAAAAAAUACUUGCAAACCAACAUCAACCAAGACUUCAACAGCUGGCAGUGCAUCAACUGGUCGUGGAUGCUCCCGCCAGCUACAGUCUAUACAAAUCGGACACAAAAAAAUUGAAUAUUCUGGGCGAGAAAGUGCUCACCACAAAUCAGUCGGAAGUGUUGGGUAUUUUGGAGAAAGUAAGUCGCUUACAGUUGAACAUUUGCAGCAUACCGAACGAUCGCGAGAGUAAUUUAUUUGACUGGGAGACGGUCCCACUGGUGGCAAAACCGGAAGGUGGAAUGCUCCCUUCGAAGCGCAUCGAACGCAAAAAACAUCAGCUAGAGUGUCUGGCCAAUGAAGUGAUUGCACUAGCUCGUCCGGGUGACAUCAUUGUCGACUUCUGCUCAGGCACCGGCCACCUAGGUAUUCUGCUGGCCUACCUCUUGCCCGAAUGCACCAUCUAUUUGCUGGAAAACAAGGAAGAAUCACAGCAGCUGGCAAUGGACCGGGUUCAACGUCUAGACUUAGCCAAUGUUGUUUAUUUUCAGUGUAAUUUGAAUUAUUUCACCGCCCGAUUUAAUAUCGGUGUGUCGCUCCAUGCAUGUGGAGUUGCAAGUGACAUUGUGCUGCAAAAAUGCAUCGAGUGUCGUGCGCAAUUUGUCUGCUGUCCAUGCUGCUACGGGAAGCUAUACGAGUUGGAUGUCAUUCGGUACCCCAGAAGCGAAAUCUUCCAACAGUCGGAUUUGCUGCUCAAGGAAUAUCUGUGCAUUGCACAUUGUGCGGACCAGACACACGAUCUGAACAAUAGUAAAACCAAUGUGGAAAAGUCUCAUCAGGGAUUUUAUUGCAUGGACGUAAUCGAUCUGGAUCGAGUUCUGUGGGCACGCGAAUUUGGUUACACGGUGGUACAGAAACGACUCAAACCGGAGAAUUGCACCCCAAAGAAUAGACUUUUAGUUGGAACAUUGUGACUUUAAUAAAUAAACAAAAUGCUUAGAAUAAAUAAAUAAAAGUUUAUUUCCUCACAA